AUGGACAUUGUAUGUUGAAAAAAGCAGAGAACGACGAAGAAAAUCUGAAAAAUUGCAGACAAAUUACUCUGUCUACCCGCAUAAGCCGUGUUUUCUGCUGCAAUGGCCAAACGCGCGAAUUUUGCUGGACACUCCGAUAGACUUCACCCCAUUUUUCAGUUUCCUGCCUCACGUUUAUCAGAGGUACCUUCGAAACAUUUAAAAAAAACGUAUUAUUCGAAUUGUUUUCAGUCCACGGCUGAAAAAUGCUCAUCAGGCGCGCAGGUUCGGUCUUCCGUACCUGAAAGACAUCGGGCACAAGACCUACGUGCAGGCUCCGCCAGAGGUUUUCCAUGUUUCGGUGAGCAAAAACUUUGAAAACAUUUGCGAGCAUGAAGAAAACACAAAAAUUUCCAGGCAAACAUUCUAAAAAUGGAGACAAUCGACGUGAUUCUCGUGUCCAACUACGAAUCGUUUCUCGGGUUGCCGUUUUACACCGAAAACACCGGGUUCCGGGGCAAAAUCUAUGUGACCGAGAUUGCCUAUCAGUACGGAAAGUGGGUUUUUUUGCGGAAUAUUUGAAAAUUAUUAUUAAAAUUUCGUCACUUUUUAGGCUACUAAUGGAAGAAAUGAUGGAAAUGAUAGCGCGUGUGGAUUACGCGCCGAACGACUCGGAAUGGAAAAAGGAGGAGAUUUGCGGGAAAUUCGCGAAUCCGCCGUUUCAGAAUCCGUUCGAGUGGCGCCCGUUUUACACGUCGGUCGAUAUGCACAGCGCUUUGGCCAAAGUUAUCACUUUGAGCUUCAAUCAGACGAUUGUGAGUGGAUGCUUGAUUUUCUGACUUUUAAAGCAAAAGAAAUCUGGGAUAUUGCGCAAAAUCACGCAUUCAGGACCUGUUCCGCAUCAAAGUGACCCCGGUGGCCAGCGGAUUCACCUACGGCUCGGCGUACUGGACGAUGAAGACCGAAAACGAGAGUUUCGCGUACUUGAGUGGCUGCAACGACUAUUCGACGGACGUGAAGGCGAUGGAGGUGACUCCGUUGCGCAGCUGCGACUACAUUCUCGUCUCUUCGAUGAGCCGAUUGGUGGAUGCGACUGCGCAGGAGAUGGGCAUGGUGCUGAUGCGGAAUGUGUCGGAGACACUGCGGGGCAACGGAUCCGUCCUUCUGCCGAUCUCUCCGGUCGGACCCAUUUUCGAGAUUAUCGAGGCGGUGUCGGAUAUGAUCACCACUACAGUACGGUUCUUUUUAGGAUUUUCAUUCACCUUCGGUUUUUUCAGAGCGGAAUUCCCGUCGACACCCCGAUGUAUCUCAUUUCCCCGGUGGCAAAAGCGGCGAUCGCAAUGGCGAGCAUCAGCGCCGAAUGGAUGUCCGAGUCGCGGCAAAGCGCCGUCUACCGGCCCGAAGAGCCGUUCGCCCACAACCAUCUCCUCCGGACGGGCCGCCUCAAAAUCUACGAUUCGUUGUACGGCGCGUUUUCGAAAGAGCUCAAAACGCCGUGUGUGGUAGGGCGGGACGAGAAAUUUGACAAAAUUUUGACGUGUUUCAGUUGUUCACAACUCACACGACAUUGCGAGUCGGCGACGGAGCUCAUAUGAUUGAGGUGUGGGGCAACGACAACCGGAACGCCGUCAUUUUGACAGGUUCGUAUUGGGAAAAUAUGAAAAUGUAG